ACACGCCGCAGGCACCUCAUCGGCCAUAAGGUCUCAGUGUCUCACGAAAGAAAGAACGAGGGGCGAUCGAAGCAACUCCCCCCAUUCACACGGCCAAAGCAACUACGAGUACUCAGUUCCGGCUCUAUAUAUACAAUCUCCAACACACUCGUUGAUCACCUCGAAUCCCAUCUCCACCGCGAGCGGCACCACACACCCACGAAUCCAAAGCCCCUCUAGCUCUUCCGUCCUGCCGGGCGAAGACAUCAGACAUGUCUUCGGCUCCUCUGCUCGGCGCGUGCGAGCGCGACGGCAAGGGCUGCUGCGAGCGCGAGUCCCCGGCCCCGGCGGCCGCGGGGCAUCCAUGGCUGCGGCGGCUGGUCGACACGGAGGAGGCGUGGGCGCAGCUGCAGUUCGCGGUGCCCAUGGUGCUCACCAACAUGGCCUACUACGCCAUCCCGCUCGUCUCCGUCAUGUUCUCCGGCCACCUCGGCGACGUCCACCUCGCCGGCGCCACGCUCGGCAACUCAUGGGCCACCGUCACCGGCUACGCCUUCGUCACCGGCAUGAGCGGCGCCCUGGAGACGCUGUGCGGGCAAGCCUACGGCGCCCGGCUGUACCGCAUGCUGGGCCUGUACCUGCAGUCGUCGCUCAUCAUGUCCGCCGUGGUGUCCGUGGCCAUCUCCGUCCUGUGGUGCUACACGGAGCCGCUGCUCCUGCUCCUGCACCAGGAACCGGACGUGUCCCGGGCCGCCGGAGAGUUCGUCAGGUACCAGGUCCCGGGCCUCUUCGCCUUCUCCUUCCUGCAGUGCCUGCUGCGGUUCCUGCAGACGCAGUCCGUCGUGCUGCCGCUCGUCGUCUGCUCCGUGGCGCCGUUCGCGAUCCACGUCCCGCUCAACCACCUGCUCGUGAACGUGCUCGGCCUGGGGCUCGCGGGCGCCUCCGUGGCCAUCUCGGUCACGUUCUGGGUCUCGUGCCUCCUGCUGCUGGCUUACGUGCUGCGGUCCAAGGAGUUCAGCGAGACGUGGAGAGGGUUCUCUGCCGACGCGUUCAAGUACGUGCUGCCCACCAUCAAGCUCGCCACGCCCUCCGCCAUCAUGGUCUGCUUGGAGUACUGGGCGUUUGAGCUCCUUGUGCUGAUCGCCGGCUUGCUGCCCAAUUCCACAGUGAGCACGUCCUUGAUCGCCAUGUGCUCCAGCACGGAGGCCAUUGCCUACAUGAUCACCUACGGGUUCAGUGCCGCUGUGAGCACCCGCGUGUCGAAUGAGAUCGGGGCAGGGAACGUGGAAGGGGCGAAGAACGCGGUGGCGGUGACGAUGAAGCUGUCGGUGUUCCUCGCCCUCUCCUUCAUCCUGCUGCUGGCCUUCGGACACAGCCUCUGGGCGAGUCUCUUCAGCGGGAGCGCGGUGAUCGUCGCCGAGUUCGCGGCCAUCACGCCGCUCAUGAUGAUCUCCAUCGUGCUCGACUCCGCGCAGGGCGUCCUAUCAGGGGUCGCGAGGGGCUGUGGAUGGCAGCACCUGGCGGCGCUGACAAACCUGGUGGCAUUCUACUUCAUCGGCAUGCCGCUGGCCAUCCUCUUCGCCUUCAAGCUGGAUUUCUACACCAAGGGUUUAUGGUCGGGCCUGAUUUGCGGGCUCACGUGCCAGAGCAGCACGCUGGUGGUGAUCACCGUCCGCACGAAAUGGUCCAAGAUCGUGGACAGGAUGCAGCUAGAGAAGGCCAACUACGUGGCUUGAUCCACACGAGUUAUUAGUGGGAGAUGUAAUUGACGAUCGAAAGGUGGUUGUGCAUACGCUGCACCUUAAUUUGCGGGGUUUUGUGAGAUCUGAGAUAGGCGGGGCGUGGGAAUUAAUCGAACUACUGUCUAGCAUUGAUCGAUGUAAGUUUUGACCGCGUACUUUGAAUGGAUUUCAGCAUCUGAAACAUUGAGCCUGCCAUGAUAAUCGCUAAUUGGAGGGGAAACGGACAAAACGAACAUUUCCCUGGUGAAUAAAGCAUAAAGUGGAGUGAAUUACACUUU